AAGAGCGCUACGUUCGAGCGUGUUUGGUCUAGUCGUGGUGUCUUGUGUGGCUGAAAAUGGCAAACACAAAGAAGCCACUUGUGGAGCUGUUUGUCAAGGCGGCCACCACGGAUAAACGAGAAAAAGGAGCAUGUUUGAUCGGCCAGCAGUGGUUUAUGACACUUUAUAAUCUAGUGGAACAAGGACUCAUCGAUCUUCGAUUCACGCCCAUGUCACUCGAGCUACCGCCGCACAAUUAUGUCCGGUUGAAUGCCGCUAGGCAUCUGCCCAUAGCAUGGAUCGAAUCCGGCUACAUCCACGGCAAGGACCAGUCCGGUCAAAUCAUCACUUCGACGGACGGGUUGGAAGUACUGAUGGAGAAACUUGGGUCACCAAAUCUGGACCCACAGGUUGAACCAGCGGAUGUAUUACGAGCCGAGGAAGUUUUUGAAGAUUUGUACAUUAAUUUGAUGAACUUUAUUCGCAACGACAACUACAAGCCCCUGUUAAACACACUUAUUAAGUUGGAUAGCUACUUGGCACAGAAAGCCCACCCAUAUCUUUUGGGCGAGCGGCUAACUUAUCCAGAUUGCCAACUGAUGCCAAAAUUGCAACAUGUGCGUGUAGCCGGUCGUGCUUACAAGGAUUUCGAUAUUCCAAAGGAUUUGAUUUAUCUAUGGGGAUACGUCGGGAGGAUGUACCACACCAAGGCGUUCACUUGUUCUUGUCCGUCUGAUAGAGACAUACUUGUUCACUAUUCUGAAAAAGAUCCACUCCCACGAUCUAUUCGUUUGAGUCUUCUGGGCCCAGAAUUUUUAUGCGAGCUACCUGCUACUUUGAGAAACUCACCAAACGUCAAUGGCAAUGCGUAA